AUGACCGACGCCCUCGUUGGCUCCGAGAGCCAUGUCCGUAUUCUACGGGUCUGUUCAGUGCUAGCAUGGAUUCUAUCUCUAUCAAUGACUGCUCUGUCGUCCAACUUACCGCUGUUCGACUCAUCACCCAACGCUGUCUUGCCACCGUCUGAGUCGUCGUGGACUCGGCUCGCUAUUCAUCCGUUGCUUCGCUGGGAUACCUUCUACUUUGCACACAUUUCUCGGCAUGGAUACAUUCAUGAGCACGAACGGGCUUUCUUUCUUGGUUCUCCCCUCGUGAUGCGGGCAGUUGCCCAAUGUCUGCGCUUGUUCCGGCCAGUUGACCUGCAUGAAGUUCAGUUACUCAGCUACGAUGAACUACUACUUGGUGGCAUGGUCGCUGCACUCUCCUGCAGCAGUACAACGACUCUCUACCGACUGACCUUGCAUCACAUGGGUUCUCCGAACGUGGCUUUCCUCGCCUCUCUGCUCUCGCUGCUCCCAAGCAGCCCGGUCACCCUCCGCUUGGUUCCGUGUACCGAACCAUUCUUCACAUACCUGUCGUACAGAGGUAUGCUAUAUUGCGCCCGUGGUCAAUGGCUCCUGGCAUCAGGAUGUUUUGCCCUUGCAGGCAUGUUUCGGUCUAAUGGCAUCAUGCUCGCAGGAUUCAUCAUUUGGGGAAUGCUCAUUGAGCCGUUCAUCACCUCGCAGAAGGUUGGAAUCACUAGAUUGCCUUACAGCAUCAUCCUGACCUCCGUCAUACUGAUGCCCUUCGUAUGGCACCAGUUCUCGGCUUACCUCGUAUUCUGCACUGUCGACAAUCCCGCUCCGUGGUGCUCGCACGUGCCACCCUCGAUCUACGGUUACGUCCAGGCCAAGUACUGGAACGUCGGCUUCCUGCGGUACUGGACGCCGCAACAACUACCCAACUUCCUCAUCGCCGCCCCACCCCUCGCCCUGCUCCCCAGCUACUCAGCACACUACCUACAUCACGCUCUGCUGCCCCGCCUCCGCGCGUCCCUAAUCCCUCACCAAAGUCCCAACAAGGACGACUCAAGUACGCCGACCGCCUCGCCCUUCCUCGCGCCGUCCAUAGCCCCGCACGCGAUCCACGCCCUCAUCCUCACGCUCACGUUGCUCUUCGCCGCCCACACGCAGAUUAUCCUCCGACUCGCCGCCUCGAUGCCGUUCACGUAUUGGGCCGCCGCGUGGCUCCUCGUCGAGCACCGCCGGUGGGGCAAGUACUGGGUCGGCUGGAGUGUCAUCUGGGGCGCGGUGUCUAUCAUUCUGUGGACAACGUUCCUGCCACCUGCGUAG